AUGUUAGUGGGAGUCUAAGAUGGCGAACGAACUGGCUAGAGUGCGAAUCUCAGCUGCGGAACUACGAGCUGAAGCUUCGUAUUCAGCCAACAUUACCAACUGUGUGAAAGAGGAGCAACAGGAACCUGAUGCUCACAAGCAACAUAAAAACCGUGAAGUAAAACGUCCUGAUCUGCAACGUUACCAACCGGCAUCUGGACACGGACGGCGUCGUCGGGACAGCGAGGAAGGAGAGAGUGGUCCAAAUGAUCCACUACAAGCUAAAGUACAACAGUCUGAUGGAUCGUCUCAGAGUGAGAAAAUGAAAGUUUCUAAAAAUGCUUUAGAAAGACAGGAAUGCACAGACAGUGGGUCAGUUAUGAAAAAAAAGGAAGAAGACCGAAAGAGAGGUGAUGGCGGUAAUGUCCGUACUAAAACAAAUGCACAUGAAAAGAAAGUGCUUGGUGAAAAUGACCGAGAACAUCAAGAAACUGCUGGAGCUCUUAAACCUACAAAGAAAUCCCGCAAACCUGACCGAGAGUUUUACCAGCCUGGGAGCCGGAGGAAUAACCUGGGAAAGGACUUUGGUGUUGUGGAUAAACCACCUUCUAGAAAUCAAGAGCAAAACGCUGAGCCAGAAUCACACUUGAGUACAGAGACAAGGGAGGGGAAGGGGAAUGAAAACAAAUCUGUAUCCAAGCAAGGCGGAAAAGAUAAAACAAGAGCUGUUCAGGAGACCGUAACAUUGUGUAAUCGCAAUGAAGACACUAGAGAACAAGGACGUCAAAAUGUGAGAACACCUCUACUUCCUGUUGAUGCUUCAGUAGACAAAGUUACAAGCAAAGUUGAAAAACUCAAUAUAAAAGAGAAAGGUAAAACGGAGCAUGCAAAUAAAGAUAGAGGGGAGAAAAGCCAUAAAGAAAGGCGAGGUCAAGCUGAAGAAACCAAAGAUGAAGAAAGAACAGAUAAGAAAGACAAGGGAAACUGCAGAAGAAAAGAAGUGGAAAGACAAAAAGAGAAGAAUCUUGAAUCCAAAAGAGGAGAUGAAGCAGGUCGUGAUGAAAAAAACAACCAGAGAAAACCGGAGAAGGAGAAAGACCAGAGAGCUCCAGAUGCAGAUGGAAGAAAAAAUGAGAAGCCUAAAGAAACUCACCAAAACAAAAGAAAAGAUAAAUGCAGAGAAAACAGAAAAAUAAAUGACAGCAGUUGCAGGGAUGGGGAGAAAGCUGCCAAAGUGGACAGCAACUUAGACAAGGCUGCAGGACAAGGUGAUCAGUACAGAUCUAAUGUGAACAACAGCACACCUUCCUCAAAACGCUAUUCAAAAUCAGAUGUCCGACACUUGCGGAACAGAACGUACAGCAGUAGCUCAGCUAGUAGUGUGACCAGCCAGGAUGAUCCCAGGCGGCAAAUGGACACGGAAAGUGCCAAAUGGCCAUGUCGUGACACAGGCCAAAAAAAGAAAGAUGGGAUUGACAACAACGAGGAGAAAAGGAGACACUUGAAAAGCUGGACAAGCAACAAGGAUUCAUCCUCAGAAUCACUGGACAGGACUGGGAUGUGUGACAGAGACGAAGACAAGAGGCGACGGCGGAGGAGACGAGUCGGGGAGGAAGAAACAAGUAUAGGAAGGCAAAAAGAGGAAGGGAGGACACCGAAGUCUAACAAAGGUGGAGGUCGGGGAAUCCUAAGGGUUUCUUUAGAAAAAAAGUCUGGUACCUCAUCACACAGUGGGGAUGCACAGAAUUGCAAGCAAGCACUAGCUCCUCGUGGCAGAGGUGGGAUCUUGGUGCUUCCAACUCGUACAGACAUCUCCAGUUCACCUGAGGUGGGACAAAGGCUUCUUUCUGGUGGAUUCAGGGGAGGAACAGCUGGCAGAAGUAGAGGAGGCCGAGGCGGCGGAGUAAGACGACUCUGGGAUCCCAAUAACCCAGAUCAGAAACCUGCUCUUUCUAGCACUCAAGCCUCGCAGUAUUCAUCUCUCAAACAGCCUGUGUGUCUGCAGACAGGGGCUGGAUAUGGACAACUUCACUUUCUGGACACAGAUGAUGAGGUAGCAGGCAGUCCUCCUGUGACACAAGGAGAACAGCAGGCAGCUGCUAUGGCUUACUACAAAUUCCAAAACUCUGACAACCCCUACUGCUAUCCUGUGUCCAACACUAGCCCACAUAAUACCACCAGCCCACGCUACCCAUAUCCUUAUAAUAUAGGAACGUACCAAAUGGCUCACCCUAAUGGCAUAUACCCAGGCCCCGGUCCAUUCUGUGGGGGUUACAGGGGAGCAGGUUAUUCUCAGCCAGGCGCGGGAGGUGGGCUGACAUUUGAAGAAGCGGAGCAACAAACCAGAGGGGAACUGGGGAGGCUGCUGAAGGCUGCUGAUGCACAUGAGCUUCAGCUCAGCAAUCUUCUCUCCAGGGACAGACUGAGUGCUGAUGGACUGGAUCGCAUGCCCCAACUCAGAUUGGACCUUUUGGGACUGUACGAGCGGAUCAUCUUGAUAGACAUCGAGUUUUCUGACUCCCAAAACGUGGAUCAGGCUUUGUGGAAGAAUGUGUUUUACCAGGUCAUAGAGCGCUUCCGGCAGCUGCUCAAAGACCCUGCGUAUGAUAACAUCCCUGAUAUCAGGAACAUGCUGCUCACACUCCUGGAUGAGGGAGCACUGUUCUUUGACACACUGCUUCAGAAGCUGCAGACUGUGUACCAGUUCACAUUAAAGGACUACAUGGAUGGUAUAGCUAUCAGGGCUCGUCCGUUACGCAAAACGGUAAAAUAUGCACUUAUUAGUGCGCAGCGCUGUAUGAUUUGUCAGGGAGAUAUUGCACGGUAUCGGGAACAAGCCACUAAUUCUGCCAACUAUGGCAAGGCCCGCAGCUGGUACCUGAAAGCCCAGCAGAUUGCUCCCAAAAAUGGACGACCGUAUAACCAGCUGGCUCUGUUAGCAGUUUAUACAAAGCGGAAGUUAGAUGCUGUAUAUUAUUAUAUGCGCAGUUUGGCAGCCUCCAACCCCAUUCUGACUGCGAAGGAGAGCCUGAUGAGUUUGUUUGAAGAAGCCAAGCGUAAGGCAGAACAGCUUGAGCGAAAAAAGAGGCAGGAGUAUGAAGGUGGGUCUCAAGGUCCAUUGGUAAGAAGGAGAGGGAGAGGGAAUGACGGAGCCCGUGUAGAGGUUUGGAUCCGGCCCAGUGGACAAACUACAUCAUCUUCUUCACAGAGAGGAGGCAGUGAGUCCAGCAGAGACUCUGAACAGGACGGAGAGCUGGGCAGUCUCAGUGCUACUGACCUGAAUAAGAGAUUCAUUCUUAGUUUCUUACAUGCACAUGGGAAGCUCUUCACUAAAGUGGGAAUGGAAUCGUUCCCUGCAGUGGCGAGUCGUGUUUUGCAGGAGUUCAGAACACUUCUUCAGCACGGCCCCUCGCUGCUGGGCUGUACAAACAUGCUGCAGAUUAUCACCAUCAACAUGUUUGCCAUACAUAAUGCACAUGGCAGAGGUGAAGAAGAUGAUGUCCGUUCCGUUUUACUUGAACAAAGCACCUCUCUGGGCCUUGGCAUGUUCGGCCUGCUGCUGCAACGAUGCACGGAGCUUCUCAAAGAAACUCCUGCAGAGCAAGUCCCCAUGGCAGACGGGGAUGAGGAUGGUAAAACAGAAGAGCUGGAGGGGAUGGUCAGAGUUUCUGCCUUCCCACUGCCCCUGAAGGAAAUGUUGCCAAGCAUCAAAGUCUGGUCUGACUGGAUGUUGGGACAUCCAGACGAGUGGAACCCACCUCCAUGCAAUUUAGAGUGCAGUCCUAAUGUUUGGCAGGCCCUGGCUGACUUGUGUAAUGUCCUGGCACAUGUGGACCACGAGGAAGUGCCUCUGUACAAAGUUGAUAGUGAUGAAGCUGAGGGAGAUGAAGAGCUGACAUUGCUUCAGCUGAAGGAAGACAAGCUGCUUGCUGGCUUUGUACCACUGUUGGCUGCACCACAGGAGCCGUGUUACACAGAUAAACACACUGACAUGGCGAUAGCAGCAGAUUGUAAGAGAGUGACAGUACUGAAAUACUUUCUGGAGGCUUUGUGUGGACAGGAAGAGCCUCUGCUAGCCUUCAAGGGUGGAAAAUACAUCUCUGUUGCAACUUGCCCUCCAUCACAACAAUCGGACACAAGGAGCAGGGAGGAUUCUCUAACAGAGAAGGAGGCUGAUGAUGUCAUAAUCGAGGCAGUGUCGUCUCUCUCUGCAUCAGAAGGAGAGGAGGACUUUGAGGAGGUGGGAGAUAGUGAGAAUGACAUAAGAGAGCUGAAGGCACGACGCCACGCGCUUGCUAAUGAACUCGCUCAGCAGCAGAAGCGCAGGGACAAAAUACAGGCCGUGCUGCAAACUGGUGGGCAGCUGGAACUGGAAGUAAAGCCUCUCUUCCUGGUCCCUGAUACCAAUGGCUUCAUUGAUCACUUGGAAGGCCUGAAGAAACUCCUUCAAUGUGGAACCUACAUAAUAGUUGUACCACUCAUUGUGAUCACAGAGUUGGAUGGCUUGGCUAAAGGUCAGGACAUUUUUGGAGUAGGAGUGGGGUCAGCCGGACGCAGCAUCGGCAGCCGUAGCACCUUUAAUGUUAGUGUGGGCCACAUGCGAGCUGUGCAGGAAAAGGCUCGGCUAGCAGUGGCUUUCUUAGAGAAAGGAUUUGAAGCCAAGGAACAGUGCCUAAGAGCCCUGACGAGCCGAGGAAACCAGCUCGAGUCUAUUGCCUUCCGCAGUGAAGACACCUCUGGACAACCGGGUAACAAUGAUGAUGUGAUCUUGUCCUGCUGUCUUCACUACUGUAAAGACAAUGCAAAGGAUUUCAUGCCACCUCAGAAAAACGGGACAGUGAAGCUCCAGAGAGAGGUGGUGCUCCUCACAGAUGACCGCAACCUGCGAGUCAAAGCUUUGACCCGCAACGUGCCUGUGAGAGACAUCCCAUCUUUCCUCAGCUGGGCUAAAGUGGGCUGAACCAGACUCACCUGGAAUAAAAAGGAUCCCAACUGCUGAAGCCUGCUUGUCACUCAGGAGAGAGGACGUACUUAAAGCAGAGGAAGAAGAAGAGGAAGAGAAGCUGGGUAGAGGAAAUGAUAAUAAAGAACCACUUCUUAAAUAGUACAAGCAAAUGAAGUGCAGGGUGGUGUUAAUGAGCUGCUUCUUGUAAGGAAGUGUGUGCGUGUGUGUACGUGUUAAGAUCACCGAGCUUCCCCUUAAAUGGUUUGGAAGACUUAAGUCUCCAAAAGGUUGGAAGAGAAAGGAGGAAAAAUGGAGUGGUUAAAUGUGUGCAACAACCUGCGCCUGGUUUAGUGUGCACUCUGCAAAGCAGGAUUAAAAUCUGAAGCAGAUGAUGGCGUGAAAGCAGAGGGAGAAUGUCUCUAGUCAUUUAUUUGAUUAAAGGCGGUGGUGUUGCAGGGUGUGGAUGGUGCUUCUGUUAAAAGGCCCAGGCUUGGAGCGUUUGGCCUCUAGAUCAGACGGAGAAGGUGCAGAGAUGCAGCUGGAAACUGUCAGGAGAGUUAAAAAGUGCUGAUUGUCUCGAGGAUGAAGAGCCCUCACAUGGACAUGUCACUCUGAGGGAAUCUUACGAAGGCGUGGCAUCUCCUGCUCACCC